AUGAAUACCAAACAGCUGAGUUGUUUGUUGGUGGCAGCCGCAGCGCUUCUGGCGAUCGCACCGAUAGCGAACGCCCGAUUCUACGGUGGUUACGGGAGAGGCGGAUAUGGCGGUUACGGAUAUGGAGGCCUCGGAGGCCUCGGGGGCUGGGGCGGCAUUGGAGGCAUAGGCGGCAUCGGAGGCGGAUAUUAUGACGGAAUUGGCGGAUGGGGAGGCAUCGGAGGCGGAUGGGGAGGCAUCGGAGGCGGAUCGGGAGGCAUCGGAGGCGGAUGGGGAGGCAUCGGAGGCGGAUUGGGAGGCCAAGGCGGAUGGGGAGGCCUCGGAGGAUGGGGCGGGGGAUGGGGAGGGAAAGGCGGAUAUGGCAAAUAUUAA